AUGAACAAUUUGUGGGAUCAAAUUCGACGGUCUCAGGAUGAGGAUGAUGAAGAGAUGAUGGCCACUAACGCCAUUGUCAUGGCUGCAGUCGCUCAAGAAUCUGGAAACCAACACCGAGGGCGCGGUUCUCAUCCGGGUCGUGCACCAAAUGAGGAACGAUUUAGAGAAGAAAGGGGCAAAGGUAUGUUGGCCGACUACUUUGUCGAUCGGCCAGUGUUCAAAGAUGCGGAGUUCCGAACACGUUACAGGAUGAGUCUCAAUCUCUUCCAGCGUAUAUCUACUGACCUUUGCCAGUAUGAUCGUUACUUUGUUCAAAGGUCAGAUGCUACUGACAAAGUCGGACUGCUUCCGGAGCAGAAGAUGACAGCUGCCUUGCGAAUGCUUGCGUACGGUGCAAGGGCAGAUCAAUGUGCUGAGUAUUGUAGGAUGGCGAAAUCCACCUCCGUUGCAGCCCUUCAGCACUUCACACGAGGAAUUGUUGAUCUUUACUCAACAAAAUACCUCCGCGCUCCAACUGCAGCCGACCUCAGAUGA